AUGCGGGCAGGAGAAGCAAUAGCAGCAGCCAGGCCCAAGCCGAGGCCUCACGCGAGGCAGGCGGGAGCCGACGGGCUAGUGCCUCGAUUUCAUGAUCCUGCCCCAAAACGCCCUCAGGCCGCGCCCUCCCCGCCGCAGCCCCCCUGCCCUCCUCUGGUCUGUAAGAUCCGUCAUGAGACUGGCUUGGUUUUAAGGUCCUCGCAGCGGGGAGCUGACAGCAGGGAUGGAAGUCCGGCCGCAGAGGACUCCAGCGAGGACUUCAGCCUCUCCUUGCUGGACACGAACUUACCACCUGAAGCGGAGACUGAAUUGCGUGGUUUUAUUGCUAAGCGUCUUACUAAAGGAGCCCUUUUUGAAGGGAUGGGGAACGUAGCCUCUGUGGAGUUGAGCAUACCAGAAUAUAAAGUUGGUUGUUACUACUGUCUUUUCCAACAAGAAAAUCUUCUAGAAAUGGCAACGUUGGAAUCAGACAUCACUGCUCCAGAAUACGUGAUUUGUUUCUUAGGUGGCUCAGAGAAAGGUCUAGAACUUUUCAGACUUGAACUGGACAAAUAUGUUCAAAGUCUGAAGAUAAACCUUAAUUCAGAGCAAAAAACCUUGGAGACCUAUGUUAACCCCUACUUGCGAAGCUGGUUUGAGAAUUCUGUAUGCCCUAUUCAGAGAGUAGUACAGCUCUUCCAGGAGAAACUUGCCUUCUUGUUACAUGCUGCUUUGAGUUACACUCCUGUGGAAGUGAAAAACUCAGAUGAAAGAACAGAGAAAGACAUUAGCAGGUUUCUGGCAGCUGCCAGCCUCCAAGGACUUGUUCAGGAAGGCACAAUGACCUCCUUGUGUAUAGCCAUGACUGAGGAGCAGCACAAGUCAAUGAUUAUAGAUUGUAAUGGACCCCAGCCUCAGUUCCAUAAUGCAGAAAGCAACAGAUUCUGUGAGGAUUGGAUGCAUGCUUUUAUAAAUGGUGCUGAAGGUGGAAAUCCAUUUCUCUUCCGGCAAAUUUUGGAAAACUUUAAAUUGAAGGCUAUACAAGACAUUAACAACCUGAAGAGGUUUAUCCGCCAGGCCGAAAUGAACCACUAUGCCUUGUUCAAAUGUUACAUGUUCCUAAAGAACUGCGGCAGCGGAGACAUCCUUUUGAAGAUUGUUAAAGUAGAACAUGCAGAAAUGCCAGAAGCCAAAAACGUAGUGGCUGUCCUUGAGGAAUUCAUGAGAGAAACAGCAGUGGCUUAAAGCAAUCUUAAUUAUUCUGCACUUAUUUAAGAGUAUUGUAUGAAUCACUAAUUUCUUCUGUGCAGCUUAGUUUCACUAAGCAGAAAUUUUAAUUUAUAUUUAAAAGUAUUACCCAAGUCAAACCUAAAUUGUAGUUCUGCCUAGUUUUCCUCUUUUGAAAGAAAGCAGCAUGAGCUUUGUUUUAAUGUGUAAAUAUCAGAUGUUAUAUAAUCUCAUGCGUAGUUUUCAGUGCUUACCAGAUUCUCCAGAAUGAUUUCUCCCUUUUCUGGGGAGAUCAUGCCAUUUGUUUUUUAUUGUCAUUGCAUGAAAAAAAGAAAGAUUGCUUACUUAGCAAGCAUUUUUCAGUGUUUUAGAUAUUUAAAGUAUCUUUAAGGUUAUCAUUGUCUAAUCAUUAAAAUCUGAUUAUUUUCAUACAUAAAGAAGCAGAAACAUUUGGAUAAAUCAUAGUAAAUGAAUCAAUCAUUUUUUUUUCAUAUAAGAGAACAUAGGUAAUAAAUUUGUAACUAGUUUCCGCAUUCUACUUUCAAAUUAGCAAAGUUUGUUCUUCUGUUCCUAGACAAGCAACUUCUUAAUUGGUAAGAAACAGAAUUGCCUUAAGACUAAAGAGUUUCAGGAAUAAAUUUUUAUGUGCUUGUAUGCACAUAUACAUACACUAGUCAGCCUUGUUAAAUUCCCAGGGUAGAUGAUGAAUCAAAUUUUUCAUUAGUUUGCCUUUUUAUGAUCAAGACUUUCUUUGUACAGUUGGGGAAUUGUAGUAUUUUACAUACGUUUUUGCAUAACUGUAAAUAAUAGUGUGUUUUUCAGCAGCAAAGAACGAAACCUGAAGACUUUGGACACGCAGUAUUAACCUGAGUCCUUAAAUCAAUACACACUUUUUCAUAAAUUGAAUUAAACUAAGUUCCAAAAUUAAUUACUUAGAUUUUAAAACAUUUCAUUGCCUUUCAGCAAUGAAUUCUUACCCACAUCAUAGGAAAUUCAUUUUCUAAAUCAAAUGAUAUUUAGGCAGCAGAAUACUUGAAGAACGUCUUUGGCUACAAAUGGAACCAAAACCUUACAGGGCCUUUUUGGGACCAUAUAAACGAGGACUAUUUCUGCAAACCUGAUGUAAACAAAACACCCUACUGAUUUCCUCUGCACCAGAGGGUGUUCGAAUGCCUAACCUGGCAUUUGAACAACCCUCUCAUUCAAGGCCUGAAACGCUAACAAACAGUCUCACUAAUGCAGCAAGUUUGACCGUUCAUUCUGCCACUGCUGUAGUUGUGAAGAUAAAAGCUGAAUGUUUUCCUGUGACACAGCUGUGUUGAAGCUAUAAUAAGAUUUACAAUAAAAUGCAUUUAAAUCUUUAA